AUUAUAUUAUAUGAUUAUUAACUAAUAAUUAAAGAAAGUUAAUUAUCGAGGUGACAGGGAGGGAUUGUGCGCACCUUCCUGAGCCGGGGGGCCAGCCAUAUAUAAACGGGACAAGUGCAGCGGCAGCCCAGCAUCUGCUGCGGGGUUACUGAACAGCCGCAUCUGAGAAAACACACGCAAACUGGGCGAAGUCAUUGAGAGUCAGAGCAGAAGUUAACUGUUCAGCUGGGACACCCCGGAGCGUCAGUAUAAACCAGGAUGAACGGAUGCGGCUUGUGCGCGGUUUUUCUCUUUCUCUCCGGCGCCUAUGGAGCCGGUGCGCUGCUGGGAGACAGUCCCGCCAGCGUCUCCUUAUCGCUGGCGGGCAACGGGACCGGUGCCGGUUCUGCGCUGAGCAUCGGCACCGAGCCGCCAGGGACUCGCAGGACGCGGCGGAGACGCUACAUCUCACAAAACGACAUGAUCACUAUCUUAGACUACCACAAUAAAGUGCGAGGAAACGUCUUCCCGCCGGCCUCAAACAUGGAAUACAUGGUGUGGGACGAAAGUUUGGCCAAGUCAGCAGAGGCGUGGGCAUCGGCUUGCCUCUGGGAACACGGCCCACAGUAUCUGCUGCGAUUCCUGGGGCAAAACCUUUCCGUCAGAACUGGCCGCUACCGAUCUAUUCUUCAGCUUGUCAAGCCUUGGUAUGACGAGGUAAAGGACUACGCCUUUCCGUACCCACGGGACUGCAACCCCCGGUGUCCCCUGAAGUGUUAUGGGCCCAUGUGUACGCAUUACACACAGAUGGUAUGGGCCACGUCGAACCGAGUUGGUUGUGCGAUUCAUACAUGCCACAACAUGAACGUCUGGGGAUCCGUGUGGAAGCGGGCAACAUACUUAGUCUGCAACUAUUCACCCAAGGGGAACUGGAUUGGUGAAGCUCCUUACAAAGUAGGGGUCCCGUGUUCGGCCUGCCCCCCAAGCUAUGGGGGCUCCUGCAGCAACAACAUGUGCUUCCCUGCUGUCAGCACAAACUACCUGCACUGGUUCAAGUAAACACACCUCACAGCGCGCCAGCCAACACCUUCUCUAGAAGGCAAACGUCCAAGGAUUUGCACAGCAUUCCUGCAUCGCUCUAAUUUGUAUAUAUUGGCCUUAUUUAAAAUAUGCCUACAAUUUUGAAAUUAUAUUUUGGACAACAGCAAUAGAAUUUCACUAUGCUGUUUUUGUGUAUAAAAUGUAUCAUUUUUAUUAGGCAUAUGUAAUGUGUUUUGAUCGUCUUGUGUCCCAGGGUACAGACUGGUGGAAAAGGUUAUUUAUCUUGAAUCAUCCUCAACAUGGUGCUGUUACCAAACUGGUUUUGUUUUACAGUAUUAUGGUGUUAUAAGCUAUUGGACGUUUUAAUAGUUUAAAUACCUUUUUUUUUACUGAAAUUUGAGCUUCACAAAUGCUUCAGAAUAAUGGCCACCGCUUGCUAAGCUCAGUUGUGAAAUGAAUAAUAAGGACCUUCAACCUACAUUUUGUUAAAUCCCUAGUAGACUGUAACGGGGAGUGUCGAGGCAAGGUGCCAAGGUGCCAUGGUGCCAGCCCCUGCCCCCUCGGCUUCUGGGCCUUGUCCUGAGUUGAACUCGCCCCUGCAGGGGGACGCUGGUCAGGGCGCAGCAGGCCGACUCCUCUGGAAUAGCCACUAAUAUUUUCUGCAUGGUGCUACUUAGGAGGCUUUACAGAUGCCGGUUCUGUUUCACCAUUGGUGCUUCACUUCAAUGCAAUAGAAGGAGCGGACAGGGAGCAGAUCUGAAAGUCAGAGAGAGAGUCCUUCUGUCCUGGUGCUGCACACAGGCACGGGACCCAGGUACUGCACAGGGUCCUGUUUCAUGAGUGACUUUGCAGUUUGUACUGUUUUACUGCUCUGUAACUUGGCAGUAAGUUACCUGAACCUUUUUUUUUUUUAACUUAGCGGUAAGUGUUACUCUUACCUGAACAUUUUUCAACAGGUAUCUUUUAGCCAGUAUGACCUGGUACGUUUCCUACCUACCAGAGGUUACGUGUAAAAUCAGACAGACGUAUGAAGGACGAUUACUUCCACAUACUACAAACCCAUUCUAAAUCUCUGUACUUAUAUGAUUCUGUCAAAUAUAAUGUAUAAAGUAUUUAUGUUCUUAUAAUAUUAGUAUUCAGUUAUUUCACUAAAUUAUGGAGACACACUACAUUUGUACCCCGAUGAAUUUCUGCAUUAUGUCUAUUGUACAUGUCCUAAAUAUAUACUACUGUAUAACCCACCCACUCCCAGCCCCCCCCCCAAAAAAAAAUCUGAAAGAGGAUAAUGUGGUAAAGUGCUAUUCGCACCAUCAGCAGUAGCUAUUUUACAGUACCACUGUAACCUACAAAAGUAAUUUUAGGUAUUUUGGAGUUUGGAUGGUGUUAUUACACUAAAGCUAAUCGAUUUUGACAAACGUGAACCAUAAUCCAAUUUACGCUGUUAUUUGUCUGAAUACACAAUUUACAACUUCUGGUUUAAAAAAGUGCAUAUUUAAAAGUAUAACAUAGUCAAUUUAUACCAGGUGGCCAUGAAAAUGUGAGAAAUAUAGCUUUGAAACUUGUAGCGAAAGCUUAAUUUUUCUACCCCAAAUUCCUUAUUUGUAGCUGAAGAAAUUAUUAAAUUAAGGCUGAAUUCUUUGUAUAAAUGCAGAAGUUAAUGAACAUUGUUAUUAUUUUAUUAGCACUGAAUGUUGGUAUUUAAUUGCCUUUUUGUAUUUAUGGUUUUUACCUGUGCC